GAUCAGUGUUUCUGUUUACCAGUGAUGGAAAUGGACACGUGCACGGCCGAGGAGUCCCAACAAGAUGACCGCCAAGACACAAUCAUGCCUGCUCACACUAAUAUUAAAGAUAUCAAGAAUAAGAGCAGAAGGGCGAAGGCGUUUGUGGAAAUGAAGCGGGAGAAGAGAAAAAAAAAGCUACAAGAAGCAAAAGAAAAGAAGAAGUUAGCUGCCAAACUUGGAAAGAAUGCUCCUGCGAAGAAGCAGCCUCACACGAUUGAGUCUCUGCGGGAGAAGGAUGACACCAUGGUGGAGGAAGAAGAUGAGGAGCUGGAGCAUGAGGAGGCUAAUGAUGAAUAUGCUUCAUACUUCACCAAGUCAUAUGUCCCUAAAAUACUCAUCACUUGCAGCGACAACCCCCACACAAAAACCAUUGCCUUCAUUCGAGAGCUGUGUCGCAUCAUCCCUGGUGCAGUACCCAAGUGGAGGAGUCGCUCCAGCAUAAAGAAGAUGGUCAAGAAAGCUACAGAUAAGGGCUUCACUGACAUCCUUGUUGUCAAUGAGGACAGAAGAAUACCAAAUGGUCUCUUAGUCAUACAUCUGCCAGAAGGACCGUCUGCUCUCUUCAGGCUCAGCAACCCAAAGCUGUGCAAGGAUAUUCAUAGGGAUUACAAUGAGAUCACUGGUCACAGACCUGAAGUCAUCCUCAAUAACUUCCGCACUCGGCUGGGGAGAGUGGUGGCGCGUAUGCUUGGUGCACUCUUUCAUUAUGACCCUGAGUUCAAGGGACGCAGGGUCUGCACAUUCCACAACCAGAGAGAUUAUAUAUUCUUCCGUCAUCACAGGUAUGAGUUCAAGAACACAGAGAAGGUUAAACUGCGAGAGCUGGGUCCCAGGUUUACCCUGCGGUUGCAGUGGAUCCAGCAGGGCGCCUUUGAUGGGGACUAUGAGUGGGCCCUCAAGAGACAUGAGAUGGAGACCUCCAGAAGAAGAUUCUUCCUUUAGUGAUUAAGAAAAAAGUGAAAGAUUAACUAGUCUUUACUACUAUUUCGUAUCAUCACUGACAUAGUAAAAGAAAAAAACUUUUAUAGUCAUGGAAGGAAAAAAUAAAAGACAGCAGAUGUCAACAAGCUGUUGUAUGCCUGGGAUCAUUCCAAGUAAGCUCAUUUGUCUUUGCAUUCGUUUGUAUUUACCCCAGAAUGGGUUAUUUUUUCUUUUCCUAUGCAAGAGAGGAAGCUGGCCAAGAGCAACAAAAGAUUAAAAACAAGGCCCACUUAGAAGAAUUAUGUAGAUAGUUCAUUCAUCUUAUUAUCAAGUUUAUGGCUGUUUUUUUUUUAAGUCACAUUUACAUAAUUAUGGUAAUUUUACCAGUUGAAUGAUUUUUAUUUAAAGAUAAAUGUUAGGAAAAAAAUAUUGAUCUGGUUUAAUUGACUGUUUCUAGGUAUACAUGUUAUGAAAAUACUAUUGAAUGUUACAGUAUUA